CCGCCCAACGACAGUCAGAAGAACCCUUCUGCUCUCCCUCCCCCUCCCCGCCCUCCCCAAUUGCUGUCGAGCCACUCGGUCUCCUACCUUCCUCCUCAAAUAUUGAACAUUCCGCACAUGCGAUAAUGCUGUCGCGGUCUACUUUCAGCCGAAAUGCGCCCCGUGCGCUCCAGAAGCAGUGCUCUGCUGCCGGCGUGAACAGCCGUCGGAGCAUGGCCUCUACUGCCACCCCAGGCCUCCAGUACGAUGUCACCGAGGCUGCCGGAGUAAAGCUCGCCAAUAGAGAAGUAGCAGGCCCUACGGCAACCCUGGCGUUGGUUGCAAAGGCCGGCCCUCGUUACCAGCCUUUCCCUGGGUUCUCAGAUGCUCUCGAACAAUUCGCCUUCAAGUCCACACUCAAACGGUCAGCGUUGCGGAUCAAUCGGGAGGUUGAACUGCUGGGCGGUGAAGUUUCUUCGACACAUUCGCGUGAAAAUGUUGUGCUCAAGGCCAAGUUCCUCUCUAACGAUCUGCCUUACUUCGCCGAAUUGCUGGCAGAGGUCGCUUCUCAGUCGAAGUUUGCAGCCCACGAGUUGAAUGAGGUCGUCAUCAAGCACCUUAAGCUCAGGCAACAAGCCCUUGCUGCUGACCCUGAGCAGCAGGCAGUCGAUGCUGCCAACGCUCUGGCUUUCCACCGCGGCCUGGGUGAGAGCAUCACCCCUUCUACUACUGCCCCCUUCGAGAAGUACCUCUCGGCCGAAGCCCUUGCUGCGUACGCCCAGCAGGCUUAUGCCAAGUCCAACAUCGCUCUUGUUGGCAGUGGUUCUAACUCUGCUGACCUGUCCAAGUGGGUUGGCGAGUUCUUCAAGGGACUCCCCAGCUCCGGCAGCGCCGGCCAGUACCAGCUCCAGCCCCACGUAGCCUCCAAGUACUAUGGUGGCGAGCAACGUAUCUCGUCCAAGGCUGGCAACGCCGUUGUGAUUGCAUUCCCUGGUUCCAGUGCUUUCGGCACCUCUGGCUACAAGCCCGAGUCUUCUGUCCUUGCUGCCCUCCUUGGCGGUGAAUCUACUAUCAAGUGGACUCCUGGCUUCUCCCUCCUGGCUCAGGCUACCCAGGGCUUCUCCCAGGUUCGGGCCUCUACCAAGAGCGUCACUUACUCUGAUGCUGGCCUCUUCACCAUCUCUCUUUCCGGCAAAGCCGACCAGGUCGCUUCGGCUGCCAAGAACGCCGUCGACGCCCUCAAGAAGGUCGCUGCCGGCGAAGUCACUAACGAGGAUAUCAAGAAGGCAACUGCCCUCGCCAAGUUCCGUGCUCUUGAGUCGGCUCAGAGCCUUGAGACGGGUCUUGAGGCUACUGGCUCUGCUCUCCUCAACGGCGGCAAGCCCUACCAGAUUGGUGAGAUCGCUCAAAGCAUCGAUGCCGUUACGGAGGCCCAGGUCAAGGAUGCUGCCAAGAACUUCCUCUCUAGCAAGGCUUCCGUGGCCUCUGUUGGAGACCUCUUCCAGCUCCCCUACGGCGAGGACCUGGGUCUGACUGUUUAAAGUGUGCGCAAUACAUAUUAGACUGUCUUUGGGAAAAAGCGUCACCCCUGUCUUAUGUGUCUAGAUCAAUCUUUGCAGAUAUUUUCCUUUUUGACGUUGUUGUAGUAGUGACUGUAAUACAAUUGUACCUUAUCCAAUACAGCUUACUUCUGCGGCGUAGUACGGUUCAUUUGUUAUUUUCCGUCCGAUUCCGGCGUUAGCGUUGCAGGUACGGAGAGAUGGGUAUAUAUAUUUACCUACUUCCCCGAACAACUCUCCAUGAAAGGGGUACGUACGUACGGCGCCUGUAAUGCCAUGCAAUCAAAGUUUGAAGCUUGGGAGUAAAUAAGCCAUCACAUAUCGCGA